AAUCCUGCCGACAACGAAGCUUUUUUUAUUUUAUUUUCAGAACCUUACGCAAACCGAAAGCGUCAGGUCAGCCUCCAGAGCACGUUGAUUUUUUUUAGAAUUCGACUACUUAUAUGGUUCAUUUCUGAGCGGACUGCAAAGAAAUUAUCGUUUCUAUGGUAACAAACGUAGCGUUCUCCACCGGAUAAUCAUGGCGGAUGAUUUGGAUGAUUUACUUGAUGAAGUCGAAUCAAAGUUUUGUUGUAGCACGUCUGCGUCCAAACGAUCAACUUACGCUUUAAACCAAACGGACCAUAAAUGUGCGAAUCCUGAGGACAAGAAACAGUCAAGAAAACAACAAGGCAAAAAAGUUCAGCAUGAUAAUGAUGAUAUUGACGCUAUGCUGCAGGAAAUACUGGAUGAGGAUUAUCAACCCAUCAGCACUCAUGAACCCACUGCAGACAAGACUUCCACAAGUGAUUCAUGUUCUCAGACAAUGUCCAAGAAAUGCUGUCCAGUGUUUCUUGGUGGAAGCUCUGUACCUCACGGUGUUGGAACCAGCGUUUCUCAAAGGGCCUGCAACCAUUUAAGAUGUACGUCUUGCGAUUUCAGCGUAAUCAUGUUUGAGGAUCACGAGUGGGACUCCUCCUGUGACUACUUAUUUUUCAGGUGA